AUGACGCCGCAAGAAAUCGCAGACUUGCUCCAGCGCGAGGGCCGCGGGGAGUCUACCGAAGAUUACGAUGAGACUAUUGAACCGGAAUAUGCAGUUCAGCGACGAACUGACCUGUUGGCUGGCGUGCUUGAGACUUGCAAGGAGCUGCGCGCCUCGGACCAGGCACAGCUCGAAGUAGUGGCCGAGAAGCUGGGUGACGGUAGCCGCGACGAGGCUUGGCGCUUGCCGUAUGGUGAUUCUAGCAUCUUAACCUUUUUUCUCGAAGAGCUUGCCGAGGAAGACAUUAUCAACAAGCUCAAAAUUCACGCUCUGCGAAUCGUGGGAAACGCAUGCGCAGAUACAAACAAGAAUCGAGCUCUCGCGGUUGAGGACAGACGUUUGGAGGCGGUUAUUCGACAACUCAGUGACGAGAGUGUCGUUCAAUUCACUAUUCCGGUGCUAUACAAUGUCAUGGUCGACUACGAUCCUGCCCAAAUUCUUGCGUCGGAGCUCAAGAUCAGCUCAGCCAUGAUGAAGCUCCUUUCCUCGCCAAAUCUGCCGCAGUUUGCCGGCGUGAUCCUCUACUUUUGCCGCAUUCUCGCGCUCAUUGUCAACAGAGACUCCGAAAUCGCCACCGCCGCCGACGACACCGUUGCUGUGCUUCUCUCGGUCGCCACCAGCGCCCCUUACAAGGACGACGCCGAGGAGUUUGCCGCGCUCGGCACUGUCGCCCUCGUCUACCUUGCCGCCGAGCGCUUCCAGCAGCUCGCCAUCUCUCACGACCAAUUUGGUCUUUUGUUGGACGCCUUCCACCACGCUCACGUCGGCCUGGACAUUUCCCGCGUCGACGACCCUGAGGUAGCCACCGCGCUCAAGCAGCUCCGCCUCUCCAUGCUCAGCACGCUGGCCGAGCUCACCUCGCAUGGCGCCUUUCCGGCAGCAUAUCCGCCGACGUCGGCGGCCGUGCAGACAGUGUUUGCGUGGCUGCAGAGCGGCAACUCGUCGCUGCAGGCGGCCGCGUGCCUCGCGCUCGGCAACUUGGCGCGUUCAGACGAUGCGGCGACGGCGCUGGUCGAGCAGCACGCGCCCCAGACGGCGCUUGCCAAGGUGCUCGCCGACCCGGACGUCCAGGACACGCAGCUGCUGCACGCGGCACUCGCGUUCCUUAAGAACCUGGCCAUUCCCACGCAAAACAAGCCCGCGCUGCGGCCGCUGCUGGAACCCGGCUGCGUGCCGCGCAUCUACGGCCUGGACGCGCAGCCGCAAUUGCAGUACGGCGCCGUGUCGUUGACGAGGCUGCUGCUGGCCGGCUGCCCGGACAAUGUGGCGCAGUUUUGCAAGGACAGCGGCCAGGAGGCUGCAGAGGGCGAUUCCGACGCCGCGGGGACGGGAGACAGCGUGGAAAGCCUGAUUUCACUCUUUGGCCGCACCGACACGGAGCCCACCAAGGUCGAGGCUGCUCGGUCCGUCGCCGCCAUUUGCCGCGUCCUGCACUCCGACGCCGCCGCGGAGCUACUCCCGGGGCGUGGAGCGUCCGACAGCGAGAGCCGCGCCGCGUUUUACGCACGCAACGACGUCGGCAAGCCGCUCGCCUUUCUCGUCACACAGGAAAAGUGGCAUAGCCUGCGCUCCGAGGCCUGGUUCGUGCUGGCGCUCAUGUCGCGCUCUGCUGACGGCUCACGCGUCAUUGCCGCCGUGCUCCAGCAGGAGGCUGUCUCGGCACAGCUGACCAAGACCAUCACCGGCGAGAAAAAGGGCGGGCGCGUGACGGAGGUGGUCGACGACGACAAGGACGAGAGCACGGCCGCGCUGUCGGCCGCCGAGGGGCUGGGCUUGCAGCCGCAGCAGGCGGAUCCGAAGCAAAAGGAGCGCAUUGCGGCCGUCGAGAGGGAGAAUGCGCUCGUCAUGUGCACUGAGCUGCUCAGGAACUGGAGCGACGAGUUCAAGCCUUUGAGUCGUGCAUUUUUGGAGGGUUUGCUGAAAGACGGCACUGAGCUCGUGGUGGCGCAUAGAAACAAAGAAUUUACCACAGUAUAA